AUGACCUCCUAUUUAAAGAACAUCCCACAGACGAUGCCAAUGUUCACAAGUGUCAUUUUAAAAGAAAGAAUGCCCAAAGUUCCAAAUGAGCCAUCGUGUGAGCCUGCGUAUAAAUGGAAUGGUCCAAGCGAGUUGCUGAUUGAUCCUAAUGAUGUUACAGGAUUAAUUUUCAAUGUUAAAGGAAUGUCAGCGCAUGGGAGUAUUGUUAUUCGUCAAGAUCCACAGGCAAAAGAUUAUAUAAAUGUCACCAAUAGGAUUUACUUAUCCGAGGAAAGUCUUCAAACAGAAGUUGACAUUAAAAUUGACAUUAUUGAUGAAGAUUAUUCUAUCACAAUCGAGGCACCUUCAUUUGAUGGGUUAGGAAAAGUCGAUUUUUCUUACGUCAGUCUGAAGACCAGGAACGGCCAUAUUAAAUUUGGGAAUCUCAGUGCUGCUACUGCUGAAAUCGCCACAAUUAACGGACAUGUUCAUGGUUCAUACAUAGUUUCUGAAAGUCUGGAUAUUCGCACUGUAAACGGUGCAAUUGACAUUGAUGUUGGUGUAAAUGCCUUGGCUGAAGAUAUUUCCAUCACCACCAAGUCUAUCAAUGGUCAUUUGAACAUCUCUGUGUUUAACUUGACCGAAGAUCAAACAAUUAAUCUUAAAGCUGGUUCUGUCAAUGGAGGUGCCAUUACCAGUCUUCCUGAGGUGUACGCUGGUGAUUUCUAUGUUACCACCCUGAUCGGUUAUGCCUACGUUGAAGGUCACAAUAUCACUUAUACUAAAAAUUUGAGAAAUUCAAAAGUCGGUUACAAGAAUAAGAAAGAUGAAGAUGAAGAUUCCUAUCACAAGAAUUAUCACCGCAGUGAAGAUUCUCAUGUAACUUUGGAGGCCGUGACCGGUUCUGUUGAAUU